CCCUCUCUGCAGCCGCUGCUCUUUGUUUAUUUGUUUUUGUUUGUGGUCUCUGAGUGUCGCCAUCAUGAAUGUGACGCUCGCGGUGAAGCAGUACAUCUCCAAGAUGAUCGAGAUCAGCGGGCCCGGGAUGAAGGUGCUGCUCAUGGACAAGGAGACGACCAGUAUAGUGAGCGUGGUGUACACUCAGUCUGAGAUCCUGCAGAAGGAGGUUUACCUGUUUGAGCGGAUUGACUCUCAGAACAGGGAUAACAUGAAGCACCUUAAAGCCAUCUGCUUCUUGCGGCCCACCAAGGAGAACGUGGAGCACCUGAUCCAGGAGCUGAGGAGGCCCAAGUACAGUGUCUACUUCAUCUACUUUAGCAACGUGAUCAGUAAGAGUGAGAUCAAGGCCUUGGCUGAGGCUGAUGAACAGGAAGUGGUGGCUGAAGUCCAGGAGUUCUACGGAGACUUCAUUGCUGUGAAUCCUCACCUGUUCUCCUUGAACCUGCAGGGAGUCACUCGGGGGCGGAGCUGGGAACCCUCCAUGUUGGCACGCUGCACUCAGGGACUGACCUCCGUCCUGCUUGCUCUGAAGAAAUGUCCGAUGAUCCGCUACCAGCUGUCCUCAGACAUGUCCAAGCGGCUCGCGGAGAGCGUCAAGCAAAUCAUCACGAAGGAGUACGAGCUGUUUGACUUCAGGAAGACUGAAGUUCCUCCUCUGCUGCUGAUCCUGGACCGCAGCGACGAUGCCAUCACGCCGCUGCUCAAUCAGUGGACCUACCAGGCGAUGGUCCACGAGCUGCUCGGCCUCAACAACAACAGGAUCGACCUGUCCAGAGUCCCCGGGGUCAGCAAAGACCUGAGAGAGGUGGUCCUGUCAGCGGAGAACGACGAUCAGACAGCAGAGCAGUUUUCCCGAGAUGCGCUCGGCAGCCCUCCUGACUGCUGGUUGUUGGAAUCAGAUGACGGGAGGAACUGCUGGGCGUUUGUAGAUAACUACCCCCAGUUUAAGAAGAUGUCGGGGACCGUGUCCAAACACGUGACGGUGGUGGGCGAGCUGUCCCGACUAGUGUCGGAGCGGCAGCUGAUGGAGGGUAUGAAUGUUUCCACCAGCCUCUCAGACCUGGUUGAUCGUAUUGCUUCAUCGUCCUCUCUGGACCCAGAACAAGCUUUAUGUGUUCAAGUAAAGAUCUUUCCUCUGCCCUUCAUGAGCUCCAGUAUUAAGCAUCAUUUAAAAGCCACAAACAGCCCGCUGACAGCCUGGUGGAUGACCCUGAAGAUGGUUCAGGCUGUGGUGGAGUAUGGUGGGAAGAGAAUCAGAGGAAGUGACCUCAUCACACCCACAGACGCGGUCUCCAUCACCAAACAGUUCUUCAAAGGACUAAAGGGUGUGGAGAACGUGUACACUCAGCAUCAGCCUCUGCUUCACGACACGCUGGACCAGAUGAUCAAAGGUCGACUCAAGGACAGCCAGUUUCCUUACCUGGGAGCCAGCAGCCUCAGAGACAGGCCUCAGGACAUCCUGGUGUUCAUGAUCGGUGGGGCCACGUAUGAAGAAGCUCUGACUGUUUACAAUCUGAACCGCAGCACGCCUGGAGUCCGGAUCGUGCUGGGAGGAAGCAACAUCCACAACACCAAGAGUUUUCUGGAGGAAGUGAUGUCAGCGACAGGUCACAGCGGCAGCAGCAGCCGAGCACAUGGAGGCGGUUUCCAUAGCAGCAGGCGCUAAGCACAGAGACUUCUUCCUCUCCUCAGCUCUUGUGUGAUGAGCAGCAUCGUUCCCUCCGUCUGUUUGUUUGAAAUGUUGGACACUUCUGUGAGCGGACAUCAUCAGACCGUCCCUGUGACAUUAGAAACACCUCUGAUCAAUAACUGUAACAGCUGAUCAGCUCUGCCGCUGCACGGCUCAGACUGGACUCCGCUUUAGUGUCGCUUUAAAAUUAAAGAUGUGAAUAAAAAAGAUAUUGUCUUUUAAAAUGAAAAGAUUUCAAAUGUUUCCUUUUCCUGUGUUCAGGAUGUCUGGCUCGUCCUCACACUGUUGCUGAAAUGACCUGUGGGCCUCCACUGUGGCGCCUCAGCCACAGACAUAAAAAUGAGAGGCAGAAAAUUCAUGUAAAGGCUGACAGACUACACGCUCGUCUGACAUCACUGACAUCACCGGUCUGCAGCCAGCUGAGUGCUCAGACCGUCUGCAGACGUCACACAUUCACAGCUUUGCUCUCAUACUGUGUUUCACCUUCAAACGCCCUGAUCGUAGCUCCUCUGUUUACCUGUAAAUAUCAGACUAACCUCGUUGGACCAUUGUUAACGCUGCUGCACUUAUGUUUUGUGGAGUGUCCCUUUAAAGUGUCUGUGUGGCUGACUGUGGUUGUUCAAGUUUCAAAGCACUAAUAAAUAAAAAUGUUCACACAAA